CUUACCGGUUAUACACACAGCACAGCCCGGCAGUCACAGGGGAACUUACCGGUUAUACACACAGCACAGCCCGGCAGUCACAGGGGAACUUACCGGUUAUACACACAGCACAGCCCGGCAGUCACAGGGGAACUUACCGGUUAUACACACAGCACAGCCCGGCAGUCACAGGGGAACUUACCGGUUAUACACACAGCAUAGCCCGGCAGUCACAGGGGAACUUACCGGUUAUACACACAGCACAGCCCGGCAGUCACAGGGGAACUUACCGGUUAUACACACAGCACAGCCCGGCAGUCACAGGGGAACUUACAUGGGACAGACCAAGGAGUGAAGUGACUGAAGUGCGUUGGGGGCUGGUGUAGUGGACUAAAUCUCAGCGGAUCCUGUGACCAACAGUGUGCCUGAGCUACCCCCGGCAUAUUACCCUCUGUCCCUGGCAGAACCUCAGGUGACUGUGAAACUUGUUCCUGGUAGUAACCUUUAGGGGGGGCUACUAGAAAGGAGUACCCCAGGGAUGGCUAAGGUCCUUCUAAAGAAUGAUCCUCAGAACCCAACACAAACUACCAGUGAGUCAAAGAUUACUGAACAUGACACAGAGGUGCCCUCCUCUCUCCCCAAUGGAGAUCCUGUGGCUGCCGGAAAAGAGAUCCGGCUGUACAAGAGACGUUGGGUCAUGGUACUGAUGUUCAGCUCCUACUCGCUGUGUAAUGCCUUCCAGUGGCUGCAGUACGGUAUUGUCAGUAACAUCUUCAUAAACUACUAUGGUGUCAGCAGCUUGGCUAUCGACUGGCUCUCAAUGGCCUAUAUGUUGGCCUAUAUCCCAUUGCUCUUCCCCGUGGCCUGGCUGCUAGACUUACGUGGUCUGCGGAUCAUUGCACUGAUUGGCUCUGGGCUGAACUGUCUCGGUGCCUGGAUAAAGACUGGAAGUGCGCGACCUGACCUGUAUGGGGUGACAUUGUUCGGGCAGCUGGUGUGUGCGACGGCACAAGUUUUCAUCCUGGGAAUGCCAUCACAAAUCGCCUCUGUCUGGUUCAGCCCCUCUGAGGUCUCCACUGCCUGCUCUUUAGGGGUGUUUGGCAAUCAGUUAGGGGUUGCUGUGGGGUUCCUGUUGCCCCCCGUUCUGAUCCCCAACAUUGAAGACAAGGCUCUGCUCUCCCACCACAUCAUCAUCAUGUUCUAUGGAACCGCAGCUGUAGCGAGCGUCCUCUUCAUCCUUGUGGUUUUUGUUUUUCAGGAUGCGCCCCCACAUCCUCCCUCUCUGGCGCAGGCAUCACAUCUUUCAUCCCCGGCUGGUCAGUAUUCCUACAAGCAAUCCAUUAUCCGACUACUAAAAAACAGAAACUUCAUUCUUCUCUUUGUUUCAUACGGGCUAAACACCGGAGCUUUCUAUUCUCUCUCCACUUUACUGAACCGGAUGAUGACUGAGCAUUAUCCUGGGGAGGAGGUGAAUGCUGGUCGGAUCGGACUUACCAUCACUAUCUCAGGAAUGUGCGGUGCUUUGGUCACUGGCUUUUGGCUUGACAGAACCAAAACAUACAAACAGACCACGCUUUUUGUGUACGUACUGUCCCUGACUGGGCUGGUUAUCUUCACGUUCAUCCUGAAUCUUGGUCAUCUGUGGGCCGUCUUCCUCACAGCUGGGAUACUGGGAUUCUUCAUGACCGGAUACCUCCCCCUUGGUUUUGAAUUUGCUGCUGAACUGACCUAUCCUGAGUCUGAAGGGACGUCGUCUGGUUUACUCAAUGUGUCUGCUCAGGUGUUUGGUUUGAUAUUCACCACAGCUCAGGGGCAGAUUCUGGAACGAUUUGGAGUGCGAGCUGGGAAUCUCUUCCUGUGUAGCUUCCUGCUUGUGGGUGCUAUCAUCACAGGGUUUAUCCGGGCGGAUCUGCGCAGACUUAAGGCAAAUCAAGAUCAACUGUCACUGAGCCCACCGCUGAACAUCAAUUACGGCUCAGUUUGUCAUUCUGAUUCAUGAGGUUGUACCUUUGGCAAAUUCAAGCACCACCGAGGUUCCAUCGCCGCUCCUGGACGCUUGAGAGGAUGUGCUACAGCAUCAGUCAGUAUUAUAUGUUGGCACCAAAGACUUGUGAACAAAUAACAAUUUGCACUGGAAUGUGUGUAAGGAGUAUGGGGAGGUAAAAAUU